AUGAUGAAAGAAGAAAUAAACAUGAGGAGAUUUUUUGUUGUUUCUACUGUUUUGGUUGUUGCGAAGGUGUUUGGAUUGAAGUCUGGGAUGAGCUUUUUGAAUCAGUCAAACUUGAAUGGUUCUAAGAAGAGUAGUAAGAUAAUGAAUAAGAGCUAUGAAAAUAAAUUGAUGAGAGGAACACUUAGUGGGCUGAAAUCUUCAGGAUCUUCAUCAAAUAUGAACGGCAAUAGCCAUUUGAGUUCAGGCUCAAGUGCAAAGUCAAGUAGCCAAAGAAAGAGUAGUAAGAGCAAAAGUAAGAGCAAAAGUAAGAGUUCUAAAUUGAUUGAUUCGUCGAGUACAAAAUGA